AUGGGUACUGAACUGUCAAACGAAAUGUCACUACUCUUUGACAAGUUGAAAGCAGAAUUAGAUCAACAGACAGUACAAAUAACAGAAAACAUUACAAAAACUGUAUUAAAAGUAGUGGAUGAGAAAAUACAACCAAUAAUAGCGGAAAACGAACGACUUACACGUGAAGUGGUAAAACUGAAUAAACAGCUACAGAAUCUGGACGUAAAUGCAAGGAAAAACAGCAUAAUUUUACACGGGAUCUCAGAACCUAGCACCGAAAAAUACGAAGAUUUAAACGCUUUGGUAAACAAAACAAUAACGGAUUUGGAUGUACCACUCGAAAACAGUGAAAUAAAUAAAGUACAACGCCUUGGCAAAAAAAUGGAUAGUGAAAAAAUAAGACCUAUUCUGUUAACAACAACAACAAUACAGAAAAAAAUUCAAAUUCUAAAGAACAAAAAGAAAAUGCAAGAAAACACAUAUAUUACCCAUGAUUACUCUAAGGACGCCUUAGAAAAACGCAAAAUAAAAGCAGCCAACUUUCGGGAAAGUGAAAAAAGUGAAAAAAGAAAAAGAAUCUCGGAGACACCAAGCCCAAAAGAGACAAACGACAGCGCUAGCAAGAAAAUCCAACGAACGGACGCAUUUCAACUUAUGCGCAAUCGAGCACACUCUAUGUCCGAAAAAAACACUUACCUCAAAAACUAA